AUGGUGAACUGGAUUCUUGGAGACAAGUUCGACACUGUCUACCCUCACCAGGGCUCGAUCAAAGUCCUGUGGGAGUCGAAGUGGAAAUUCUGCGCCACGAAAUCCAUCUACCCAUUUCACGAUGGAUCCCUGGAAGAUUUCGAGCCCAUUUUCCUGAAGCUAAUUGCUGAAAAUAUCAACGACCCAAACAUAGACGCCUACACCGAAGCUUUCCUCCCAACCGCAUUAGCGCUAGAGAACGAAGCCGCAACAGCCCUCAACAACGGCAAAGUCGCCCGCGCCGCGGACCUCUACCGCCGUGCAGCAGUCGUCCUCCGCAUCUCGCGCUUCCCCUACGUAAGCCCAACAACACGCCCAGAGACAUCCAUCAAGCGUGCAGCCUUCGAUCGCCAGAAGCAAGUGUACCUGAAAGCCGCCUCGCUAUGGAAGCCCAUCAUCACAGAAGAAGUAAUUCCGCAUACGCACCGUGCCGGCCGCGACGGUACCGAAAUCCCGCUGUACAUCCGGCUGCCGGAGGAAGCAAGCGCUAUCAACCGCGUCCCUGUCGUACUGCUCAUGACGGGGCUGGAUGGCUACCGGCCUGAUAACAGCCAGCGUAGCCACGAGAUCAUUAACCGUGGCUGGGCGACUGUCAUAGUCGAGAUUCCCGGUACGGCGGACUCGCCUGCGGAUCCGGCAGACCCGGAGUCGCCGGAUAGGCUCUGGAAUAGUGUGCUUGAUUACAUGGAUCGCCGGCCGGAGUUUGACAUGUCGCGCGUCGCGGCUUGGGGGCUCAGCGCUGGUGGCUUCUAUGCUAUCCGGGCGUCUUGCACGCACCGUGCACGUCUUGCAGGUGCUGUUGCUCAUGGCCCUGGAUCGCACUUUGUUUUCAGUCCCGAGUGGUUGGCCAAGGCGAAUGACCAUGAGUACCCGUUUAAUCUUACUUCCGCUAUGGCGGAGAAGCAUGGGUAUGACACUGAGGAGGAGUUUGUGAAGAACGCUCAGAAGAAGUUCUCGCUCGUGGAGACGGGCAUUCUUGACCAAGAUAACUGCCGGUUGCUUAUGCUCAACGGUGUGGAUGACGGUGUUAUCCCGAUUGAAGACUGCAUCGAACCUCUCAAGCAUGGCGGUCCGAAAGAAAAUCGGUUCUUCGAGAACCGGGUGCACAUGGGAUACCCUGACAGUCUGCCUGUAGCUUACAAGUGGUUGGAGAGUGUGCUAUCUCCCAAUAAGAAGGAGUUGAAGAACUGA